AUGGCAAUCAACGGCAAAAUAGAACCCAAGGCAGGACAGGCGAUANGCCCCUCGUCCGCCACCUCAAACAAGCCAGUUGUCUGUGUCUUCUGCGGUGCCUCUGGAGGUAACUCGCCCGCUCACCUCGCUGCCGCCCGCGAAUUGGCCAACGCUCUCCACCAAAACAACAUGAAGCUGGUAUACGGCGGUGGCACCGUGGGCAUCAUGGGCGAGGUCGCAAAGACACUGGUCUCCUUGGCUGGUCCGGAUGCUGUCCACGGCAUUAUCCCUGAAGCCCUUGUGAAGUAUGAACGCGACUACAAGGAAGGCGCUCCUCUGGACUCUGUCAUCGACGAAUCCACCUUCGGCCGUACCACCGUAGUCGCAGACAUGCACACGCGGAAGCAAGCCAUGGCCCGCGAGGUCAUCGACGGCGGUGAGGGCGGCGGCUUUGUCGCCUUGUCGGGUGGCUACGGGACCAUGGAAGAGCUUAUGGAGGUCACAACUUGGAACCAGCUGGGCAUCCACGCGCGUGGUGUUGUCAUCUUCAACGUCGAAGGCUACUACGACGGCCUGCUGCAGUGGGUACGCACCGCCGUCAAGAGCGGCUUCAUCGCCAACAACAACUCCAACAUCAUGAUCGAAGCCAAGACUGGCGAGCAAUGUGUGCAAGAAUUGAAGAAUUACCAGAAUACAGAGGGUAGAAUGAAGCUGAACUGGGACCAGAAAUGA